CCACAUUUCGUUUCUGGGGUCUUAGGCAACCUCUCACGAUGCAACUGUCCAUGCUGCAGAGCGCAUGUCCCUCCGAGAGAUCGCGCCCAUUGCGCUGAAAAAACAUCCAAAGCAACGUGACGUCAUAAGUCAGCCACAUCACCGUCUUUCUACGAUCUGAGGUCGUCGCGUGUUUGUGCGACAUUAUUCUGCAUUCUCAACGUUCCACGACGAUCCGAUACCGUCUCUCUCCUACAGAGGGCUUCCUCCUUCCUCUCCAAAACCAGACAUCCCGGUCACCGUGCUCUAUACCCCUCUAUGCCUUGAAGUUUACAUGCAAGCAGGACCCACGCGAUGGACCCCACUUCACAUUGGAAUGAAAAUCAGGGUAAUUCUGCGGCGAGAGAGAUCCCACCCGCAUACAAUGUGCCAUCCGCCCCAUUGGCGCCGCCCCCGGACUAUGACACAGCGAUUGGGGUUAAUCUAUCAACAGAGUCGUCCGAGCAUGCUAUCACGAAUCACGAGCCGAUAACUCUUACUAUUGAAGGAAAGUUCAUUUACUCUUCGCUCUCAAGGCCAGAACCAGUCUACAGUCUUAGCCAUGCACUAGAUGGCCAUGAGCUGAACCUCACUGGGGUCCUCCUGACCCGAAUUGAUCGCAACCCUGCUCGUCUUUCUCGUCCCGUUGUAAAGCGAGAUGUAUUCGCUCUUCGAGAUGCACCGUCAUUACAUAUCGGACCGGCAAAAUACGAAAUUGAUGGGCUGCGGUAUAUAUCAGGUAAGAAAGGAUAUAUGAGUAGGAAAAUCACCAGGAACGGACAGGGCUGGGCAGCUGGCGGGCGGGGUUUGCCUUCCUUUAUACUUCGUCCCACUAGCCCCCCUGAUUCUGACACCCAGCUUUACGAAUGGCGAGACAAGAACAGUGAUCACAAUAUUGGUAUGGAAACACGGCGGCUUUGGGAUAAAGAGAAAAAGGUGGAAUUAUCACCACCAAAAAUAGAACUGAGGGUCGGAUCCAACGUGGAUAAAGAAUAUCUGGACUUCCUGGUAGCUGUAUGGUGCAUGCAUAAUUGGAGGGAAGCCAAGGAAAUUACAAAGGAGCCCCUGACCUGGGAAGAAUUUAAAGAACAAGCCAAGACCACCGCUGCUAAGAGUAAACACCGCCGAUGGAACGCCAAUCUGGGAGCGGUGGUAUUCUAGCACACAAAUAUGAGCAGCUUACUCUUCCCCUGGUAUAUAUCUUUCCGUUGGAUGUUGUGUUUAUGCGACGGCGUGUCAAGGGGGAGUUUGGUCGUCUAAUUCUUUUUGCAUAUCCAAGGUAUGGGUGCGGUUCGGGGUUCUGAGCUUAUUCACUGAAAAAUGACUUACGAUC